AACAAUAAACGAUCAUUCGAACGGUCGCUGAUAAUAUUGUUUUUCGUAACGAUAACGAGAGUUUUAUAUCGAGAUCACGGACUUCUCUUUGUUUAUACGCACGGGAACGACGACGAGGGGUCCCUAAUCUUUUAUUAAAACGCCGAGCGUAAAUUUAUUUAUUCUCCUUGGCCUUUGUACGCGACUAUCUGUCCCAUUUUUUUAAGUACACGUUAUUGGAUGGCAUCGGACUUUAUCGGGCUGCUCGUGACGGUUUUAUUUUGUGGUUGUCGCGUGUUUGUAUAAGAGAAGCGUCAUCGCGUCACAUCGCCGAGGUUACAUUUGCAUUGAAUAGCGUUAACGAAGGGAACGAAAUCGUCAGGGCUCAUUGUUUAUUGUAGCAUGCAAAAAGAGUGGUUCGCACGUGCGUUAAUUAUUCGGUUUCCCGUGAGAGAGAAUUCGCGAUUCCGCUCCCUGACUCUCGGGCCGCAUCAAUUAUACUAACAAAGGACUACGAUUGGAAUAAGUGCAUUUAAAAAAUUUCAAUUCAGUGCAAAACGAAGCGAGUAAUGAGUAUGAACAAAUCUGACGUUGUUAGCCACGGAUACAUCCCGUUUUCAUAAAGUAGAAUUUUCAAUAUAGAACUUUCGAAGGUAGUUUUAUAAUGGAAGGAGGUGGGGUACUUACUGCAGAACGUAGCCCAGCACGUGCAAAUCUGCAUGUGGCAUUCACUGAAAAAGGGGAAGUGAAGGAGCGUCGAGAAAAAUUCUUGACAGCUAAAUAUGGGUCUCAUCAGAUGUCCCUUAUUCGCAAAAGACUAGCGGUGGAAAUGUGGUUGUUUGAUGAGCUAGAAAAAUUAUAUGAUUCUGUUAAUGAUAGUGGUAAAAAUCGAGAAGUUGAAAUUGACAUAGAUGAACUUCUUGAUAUGGACAGUGAUGAUCACAGACGGAGAUUUUUGCAAGAAUUAUUGGUCGACACAAAAAAGCCACCACAUGAUAUAAAUAAAUUCAUUAAUGAUUUACUUGAAAAAGCUAAAACACUUUGAAGAACUUUUGCGUUCUUCUUAACACUUACGUGUUUGCAAGGACUUUUUUGAAGCAUUAACAAAUUUGCUCAGAUUUGGAACGAGUCAAAGACAUAUUCAAGCCUUAACGAGUUGCACGAGCAUAUGCAACUCAAAUGCCAAUUUAUCAUUACUUGGAUAGAACUUAAUGGGGAAAACAUCAAAUGACUCUGCACAUUUUUAUUCUAGCGUGUAUUAUUUCAUAUUGAAAUCGUAAGCAUUAGUAUCUGACUUAUCUCAGUACAACGGCUAACUUUGUUAGUUAUUUGUGUGCGCAUCGCAUAUCAAGUAAUAAACCUCACAGUACACAAACUGCCUUGCUGUACGAUCCAUCCAAUGUGAUGUAUAGUAGAAAAGUUUGUUCUUCUACACUCUAGUUUUGUAUGCCUCCUAUACUCCAUCAUUCGUAGUAAUAUUUAUGUUAGUAAGGAUUAUUAACUAAUGAUACUUCCAAACGUUGUACCAAAUGAUUUCUAUGCAUAUCCUAUGUUUAUUGAAUUAAUCCCAACCAAGAAUCUGAUUGGGUUUAAACACAGUUAAUGUUCUUUUUUUAUGUUGUAGUAUAAUAAAGUAACACAUGUUUAUUUAUUUUAGAAAAUACUUUAAGGAAGUAAAAAAAGUAACUAUACAAAAUUUCGCAUUGAAUGCUUGUUCGAAUUGAAGAAGAAAAAUCUGUUUGAUAAUGCGACAUAAGUGUGUGUGUUUCAAAUAAUUUUGUCACCGGCAUAGUCAUAAUUAAAACGUGGAAAUGACACCUAUCGUUGCUCCAGUACCAAAUCAGUAUUGAAAAUUAUUGCAAAAUAGAAAUAUCUCUCCAGUAAGUUUUUUAAUGGUUAGUUGAAAUUUCGUAAUUUUUAAUACUGUUUAAAUUUCAGAAUUCUUGUUAAGUCGUUAAAAAUAAAACAAAGAAAUCAAAGUAGAAACAUUCCUAAAUUUAAAAGGUUAUUGAAAUUGUAAAAAAUUUUAAAUUCUAUGAUCUAUUAAAACUUUUUAAUUACUUUGUUACUUAUAUAAUCAUGUUAUUAAUUUCAAGAUAUUAAAUUUCUAUUUAUAUGCGUGUUAUACUUUUUUAAAUUAUAAAAUCUAUCAUUUUAACGAAACUGUUCAGAAUGCCCCGAAAAAACGAAUUCGUGGGUCUUCUAUUUUUAUGGCCUUGUUUCAAUAAAAUGGGCAAAGAAAAACAUUGAUGUAUUAGAUAAUGUAACACUGUUAUUUGUGGUAUGCAUAUCCAUUGUCUCGACACAGCGCAAUUAUAGGUGACAUUUAUACGCUUUAUUCACAGUCAUUUAAUACACAAGCUAUUAUUUGAAAUGUAUCCAUAGUCAUGUAAAAGAGGAAGGAAAUUGAAUUUAACAAUACUUCUUCCUUAGUACGGAUCUCUUGCACUGAUGUGUCUCGCAUUAUUACUUAACAUUGUACCAAAAAGACUGCACAAAUGGAAUUUACCUUCCUCUUGAACCUAGAUGCGUACAGAAAUUACAAAAAACAAGAUUCCAAGAUGGAUAUACAUCUUUAACGAACACAGUACAUACAUAGUGUCAGAUGUUGAAUGAAGUAAAAACUCAACGAAAACAUGACACGCGAACGAAGAAGAUUUGUCUUUACGUUUGAUAGAAUACAAAGCAAUACCCAAAAUGUGAUCACUUCAACGAUAUGUCUUCGUAAAACACAAAGAAACCGUUCAAGGCUAUGUGCUACCUCGUUCUGCAAAAUAAGUGUACGAUCUCUGUAGUGUUAUUAAUCCCCAGUUAACACGUUGGCUGCUAUAUCACUAGCGUACGAAUGGCACAGCUUUUUGCUGCAUAGUUGUAUUUAACAUUUGGAUCAUAGUCAUAUUUUCAUAUGAAAGUGUGUUACCACAUUGUGGGAGGCAAGAAAGUAUGAGAAACUAUUUUAUUACAUGCUGCGUGACCUAACAAGGGUUCAGGCUGAAAGAAAAAUUUUAUCUAACAAAAUAGUAAGAAGUUGAAAACCAUGACAAAUCCUGGGUUAUGCGAUUACCAGUUUGCCAACAAAGAUUUGGCCCAGCAGAAGGUUCUAUGGUUUUACGAUAUGGCAGUCAGCGUGUUAAGAAGAUGGAAGAAACAUGGUAACAGUUUUAUCCAAGCAAGGACUACUAGUGAAAUGUAUGAACCAUGAUUAUUUACAAGAUAUUACGGUGUACAGAGAUUCAUCUGUCAUUCAUCGAUCAAACAUCAUUUGAUGUGGCAAAUUGAUGGUCUUUGUGGAUUUGUCACGAGCAUAGGAAAAUGUGUCUAGGCUACCCUUUCUACCCUCCGACUUCCAUAUGAUUUAAGCGAAUAAUGUCUAAUUCAAAAUGAACCGUUCAACUCGUCUCGUCACCCGCAUGUAUAUUUAAAACUUUAUACGAUGAAAUAUAUGUGGAUGUGUAAUUAAGAUUAGGAAUAAAUGUAUACAAUAAACCUUGAUCUCAUGCAUGCAAUCUGCGGCGUACUCGCUCCAAUCAAACAGGUCAAUAAUAGUAACAAUAAUAAUAAUGCUAACAAUAAUACACUGUGAAAUGACUCUUGGACGAUUACGCCAGAACUUAAUCAGAGUUUAUUGUAUUAGAAACGAUACAAUCAAUCUGUGCACUUGUGAUUUAGUGUCGUAUAAGAUUCGGCGACCAUUCGACGUUCAUCGAAUCAAGAUUAUGAGGUUUUUAAAUUUUAUCGCUAGAGUCGAUGUCGCUAUUGGAUCGUUUCUUUCGUGGCAUUAUGCGGUGCGCGUUAAGUUAGUGCAUAUGAAAUGUCACCUAUUUUAUAAUAAUAAUCAAUUAGAUUCAAAAUUGAAAAUGUGAGUCGUGAAAUACUAUGGACUUCUACAGAAAUUUUAUUUAUUAAAUCCAACAGAGUUUUAAAUAAAACAAAGUGACAUUUCACAUACACAGACAUUUGAAGGAAAAAUGUGUGAUCAAUGCUUUACGUGUAAUGCUCGUCGGUAUGUGAAGAGGAUGUUUCGUAAUAUCAUUAUCGCUUAGUGUCUUGAUGGAAGAAAAAAAAUAGAAAAAGCGUAGGAGUUUAUCGAACGGUGCACUUCAAGUUUAUUUUCACAGUGAAUCAUUUGCAAGAAAUGGAAAAUAUUUAACGUCGUGUGAAGGAGACUAAAGGAACAAGUGAGAGUGUAAUAUCCUAUUCCAUCGGUAUUUCCCAUCCCGUGUGAAUGCAUGGAAUGUUAAAGUUGUAAUACCGUAUCAGAUUAAUCCAUAAUAUUCUUAAGUAAGGGAGAUGUGAGAAAAAAGCACUUUUACACCGACUGCAAAAUGAAAUUACCGGUAUUCGCGGCGCAAUUUUGGAAAACUGAGAAAAAAACAGAUCAAUGUGAGAUUCGUAGCGAAUUUAAGAUGCUCCUGUUCCCGACGUUUGAAAUUGGCAGUAUUGCCAAAACAAUAUUUUGCAUCAUGUACUGAUUAUGUAAGAAAUUGUAUUUACUUGCACAAACAAAAUAAGAAUUGGAUAACUGAAAA